AUGAUUUUAGGCGCAAGCAUCAAUGUCCGGACGUUCGCCGUAUGUUUUUGCGCAAACGUUGAACGGAGAGUCGUGUUUUUAUUGCAGUUUUCCAUGGCACAGACGUCAAAUGUGCUCCUCCGAGGAUGUGAGAGACCUGUAACUUCAUAUCAGUAGGCUCGGUUACGGAUGUGUCCGCAAUCGAUGAUAUGAAGAUUUCCAUAUGAUUAGGCUUGAUCAUGGACGUUUGGGUCUGAAUAUUGCAAUUGGUUCAAAAGUCCACGCCAACGAAAAGUCCGGGCCGGCCAAUUGUCCAGUCCUGAAGUGCCGUCAAAACCCGUUCGACGUCGUCAGAGUUCCUGAACUUGACGUUUGUGGAGUGGUGAGUAAUACGUCAAUUUGAAGCCAUCACUUACAAAAACUUUUUCAGAACGAUCGGAACGUGUCGGAACGAGCACCCUACUACCUAUUAUUGUUUUACUUUUUUUUGGGAAAACGAAAAAAAAUUGAAUUAAUGAAUGAAUGUUUUGUGUUGAAUAAAAGUUAG